AUGUACCUCACCUUCGAACUCCAAAAGAACGACCAACUGCCACCAAACAAUGUCGCCCCACACCUAACAAAUAAAUGCACAACCUACGAAGUCGAGGUGGAAGACUCACCGAGAGGCAGGCAGGGGAGUAGGCAGGGGAGCGAGAGAGGCUCAGAACUCGUAUGGACGAUACAAGACGAACCAAUAAAGCCCUUGACGAACGGGCAUAUUAUCACGCUGAAAUCUCGGGGAAACGUGAUUAGCUCCGGCAGAAUAUCGGUCGUAACCGAUAUCACGAAGCAUUGGGUGACAAUGCUCCUAACAGGAGGACCCCGGAGAGCCAAGCUUAGAGCGCCGAUCCCCUGGUGCCACCUAGCAAAGCUCGACCGAUUCGUCCACACAACAUACUACGCCACCCUCGCCGAUCAUCCUCCCCCACAUAAUACCUUCACGGACCGCCCCUCCUUCGCAAACCCACAUGACAACCCGUACGAAUUUGACCUCGACCCCCGCGAAACACAGGGACUACAAGACAAGCUGAGGAGGACACGGAGGCUGGCCGGGAUCUUAGAUAUAACCAAAUAA